AUGGGAGGGGAGCAGAGUAGAUGCUGGACUAGUUUCCUUUGCUCUAAUCUACUUGACGCUCAUGUUACUCCUGGGGAAGUUGUUAUCAUUGUCCUGUCAAGUCGUGACUGUGACUUUGAGGGAAUCCACAAGCCCGUUUUGUUGGAUUUUCAUCUACAUGACCGUCGCGUCUGUGUGCUGGGACUUUGCACUCUCCUCUCUCUCCGUGAUGAAGAACGACCCCCAGCUGUGAACAAACUCAGCACCCAAUACCUCCCCGCCCUCCUGCUUCUCCUGAACGGUCUGAAAGACGCCUAUGUCCUCAAGGCUCAGGAGGAAAAUGAAGGUGAUUCUAUGAUAGAUGAGGCUGAAGCCAGUGACAGUGAUGAGGACGACGACGACGACUUUGAUGCGGACUCUGUUCUGGAGGAAUUCGAUACGGACCUGGACAAAGACGAGUGCAAGAUGGACGAGUACGUCACCUUCUACCAGUUGAUGACGGACAUGGAGCAGACUCAUCCUGGGUGGUAUCAACAACUGGUAGCCCCGCUCUCGGAAGCCCAGAAGACAGAGUUCAAAAACAUCGCUGAGACAGCACUCAAGUGCAUACAGCAGAAACAAUCCAAAGAAAUCGAGAAGGCCGGUGGCUAUUCCUUCCAACAGACGGACGUCCCCGACAGUUUUGACUUCAGUGGAAAUCCACCUCCCGGUGUUUAA